AUGAUCAAGUUUACCAAGAUCUUGCCCCGGCGCCUGCAGGGCCGUGGUGGUGGUGAGAAUGGCUCGGGCAAACAAAAGGGUCUGGCUGGCCCGCGGCUGGAGAGUGCGCGAGACCAUCAUCAGCUCACCCCGCGAAAGGGAAUCCCGACCAAGAAGCCGACUAGGACCGGUGCCAGUCGCAUCUUUGCCGGGACACUGCUUGAAGAGAAGAGUGACGGGAACAAGGAGAACGGCAACGGGACCGCGGUGCUCGCUGGAGAACACCAUGGCAAUGGCAAUGGCACAAGCCAUGUUGCCGCCGACAGUGCCCAGCAAAUAUGCGAGCAUUGCGCAGCGAUGGCAUUCCCGACUCUCUUCGGUUGGACCCCAGGCGACGCGCGACCCUGGGUGCCGUUGGCUCACACCCUCAAGGACGAGUCCGGCUGCCCGUACUGCACCUUCUUCCAAGCCAUGAUCGGCCACAUCCCCGGCGCUGGCACCGACGAAGCACAAAGUCCGACUGUUUCCGAGCCUACGGAUGCAUCAUCGGACACGGGGGCACGCCAGCCCGCUGCCACCAGCACCUUUACCCCCUAUUUCCGCAUCAGACACGCCUUCGAGCGGCUCGGCAUCAGCCAGAAGCACGAGCUUGGCAGGGCACUCCUUUUCGAGGUCACGACAAAGAACAAGUCGCUCCCUCGUGGCUACAUCCUACGCGCCGUCAAGGACGAGACUGGCCUCGACGGUUACCUCGAGUCUUCACGCGAGGACGGGGCGAGUAGCGAGACGGGGACGCAAUCCAGUCAGCCCUCAUCGCAUCAGCUGCCAUCCGAGCUAUUGCGAGGCCGGUCUGUGCCCGCGCUUCUCAACCCGGCCUUGCCGCGCUGCUGGAUUGACUACUGCAAAGAGAACCAUGCUGACGAACGCUGUGCCGUCAAGGUUGCUUCCCCGGGCAAGGCACCUUUCAAGCUCAUUGAUGUGCAGAGCCACAAAGUCGUCUUCAUCGCAGAUUUGGGGACGCAAGAUUAUGAAUACGUUACGCUCAGCUAUGCACUCGGAGAUUCGGAGCUGGCACCGUUUACCGAGGACGCCGAACUACCAACCACUAUGCCGACAUUAUUCCAAGACUCACUUUCACUAACCUCGUCCUUGGGAUAUCGAUAUCUGUGGAUUAAUCACUACUGUCUCCCUUCGCGUGAAAACAAGCUUGAAAGAAGGCAGCAGCUGGAUUUUCUCGGAGAAGUGUUUGCACGCUCCGCCUUGACGCUGAUUGUCGCAGCCGGCGAUGGCAUUGCCCAUGGCAUUCCUGGUGUAAGCGUAUCGCGAGACCAGGACCAGCUUUCACUCCAGAAUGAGCAGGGUCUAUUCACGACUUCACUCUUGCGUCCGGAUGUCGAAGUUGCUGCCUCUCGAUGGGCAAACAAUGCCGGGACUCUCCAGGAAGGCCUCCUUGCACGAAGACGCCUCAUCCUCACGCCCUCCCAGGCUUACUUUCAAUGCGGUGCUCUCCACUGCCAUGAGAGCAUCAGUAUUCCGCUGCGGCUUGCUCCUAGUUUCUCCUUUGGACGAAUCUUUCCCUUGGACGGCAUUGGCAGUGCAGAUAUCCGAAGUCUAAUAGGGACAUAUAUGACUCGCGAGCUUGCAAGACCCCAAGAUCGCCUGGAUGCUUUUCGUGGACUGUCUCGGGCAUAUUCGAUCAAAGACAAAGAUCGUGUCGAUACCUUUAUGGGGCUGCCACUUUUCGAUCCUGAUUCGUUCACCGGCCUCAAGGUUGUAAGCGAGACAGAUCGCCUAACCGUCGCCAUGAGCUGGAUGUGGUCUGGUCGGAUCGUUUCGUCGAGUCAAGAGGCAAACAACGACCUUGAGCCAUGCUAUCUCGACAAGCCUGCUCACUUUCCGUCUUGGACCUGGCUGUCCUGGCGCAUCAGACAGGAUCAGCCUAUUUCACAGAGCGGCCACUCCUUCUGCAUACCUCAAACGAAUGAUCAGUCUGUACCCGUAGUCGCGGACGGCCUAUGCGCGCCUCCUCGCACGGAAAUCUCUGUGGGCUUUGCGGAUGGCCUGCUGGUCUCAUGGGAGAUUGACGGAGUGGCCAUCUCACGCCGAGCGGAGCCAAUUACAUUCCUGCGCAUCAAGAUCUUUUGCUUCGACAUCAAGGUGACCAAAACGCAGGACGAGUGGCAGGUUACGGAGCCUGCAGAUAUUUUUGACCAGGCAACGCGAGACACCAUCCUCUUGCUCGUUCGCUCCUCUCACACACCUGCCGACACCGAUCCGAGCGCGGUUGCUAGCAUUGCGGAUGGCGAAUUCGCUGUCACAGCCAUGCUUCUCACCAGUAGAAACUGGCGUCCCACUGGGUCUCGUCCAGACACGAAGACGCCAACAGCACCGGCAGUGACGACAUCAGCAGAGCAACCGGUGACGGCGCUCUUGUGUGCACCCAAGGACUGGCAGCCAGAACAGCCACUGGUGCGCCUAGGCGUCGUCAGCUUCAACUCGACGGAAUUCAAGAUGGAGGAGUGCAAGAACGAAGAUGAAGGCCAGGCCACGCUCGAGGGCGUAGCAUCAGUCUCGGGCGAGAAGAGGAGCCUCGGGACGAAACUGCGAGAGCUUGACCUUUACUGA